AUGUCUCUGUCUCUGUUCCUCUUUACCUAUAAUUGCGGUAAAAAACCGCCAAUUGUGCCCGAAUUUGGCGAGGACAUAGCCAAUUUGAUCGAACAGAAUGAGGGACACGUGCCUGAUCUGCUGGUGUUUGGUUUCCAGGAAAUCUCCUCCGUUAGCGAGGGGACAAAUCACUACACCAUCAAUAUGAAACUCUUGGCUUUGGGUAACUUAUUGUUGGAUAGCUUGGUGGCCAAGACACAGAUCAACUUCGAAGUGAUCGAGAUCAACCAUGUGGGAAACGUGGGAAUCAUUCUCGUCUCUCCAUACAAGUCCAGGUGUCGAAAGGUGAGACGAUCAGCGAAUGUUCCCUUGGGAUAUUUCAUGACCAAUAUCAAGGGAGCCACGGGGUUGAGAGUCACAUACGAGGCUGAUUACGGCAAAGCGACCGAGCUGACGUUUGUAGUGGCUCACUUGGCUGCCAGCGAAGGUGUCAAAUAUCUGAUGCGAAGAAAUGCCGAUCUUGAUAGCAUAUUACAUGGACUCAGUUUCCAGGAUGGCUACGGAUUGCACAAGCCCAAUACACAUUGCUUUAUCAUGGGAGAUCUAAAUUACAGGAAAACAGGUGCAUACCACUUUGCCGCAAACCCUGAUGAAGAACGGUCUGGCAUGGAACUGGACGAACUAAACAUCAUGCGUUCUUCUGGCAGGAUAUUGUGGGGGUUUAAGGAGCCGGAAAUCAGGUUUCUUCCGACUUACAAGUUCAAAACGGGAACAUCGACCUACAAUUAUAAAAGGACCCCUUCUUGGUGCGAUAGAAUAUUAUAUCUGGAUUACAAAGACCUCGAGGAAGAUUUGGUGGGGCUGAAUGAAUCAAAGGAACGCGUCAUCAAAUACGACUCGGUUCCGUCGAUAAAACUGUCCGACCACAUUCCAGUCUACAUGAGAAUAGACGUACCGUUGGAAGCCCCUAUGUCCUUGAUCAAUUCUAAGGGGUACCUUAUGGACAAGUUUACUCAUCUUUCUAAUAAUGAGGUUGAUUUAAAACCACGGAAGCGAUGGAAUUAUUAUCGGGCCGUGGCGAACUAUAAUGACAACAUACUGGGGUUCGUUUUUUAUCUUGUCCUUACGACAAAAGGACGCAUUAUCCUUGCUUUGUGGUGCUUUAUGCUUUACCUGAUUUUCCACGGACACACAUUAUUCACAUGA